AUGUCCGCACCGACCUCUGCGCCUUCGAAUGCCGGCACGACGAGCGUGGCAUCGACCCUGCCCGAGCUGAUCGUGCUGUUCAACUCGACCUGGGCGACGCUCGGCGCGUGGACGUCGCGCAUCCCCGGCAGCCAGGUCGCGUGGAGGUACAUCAAGGCAUCGCACCAGGACGAUCCGUUCCGCACCGUGCUCGAGCUGCUGCUCGUCUUCUUCAUCGUGCGCACCUAUGCCCAGUCCAGGACCAAGGGCGAGCAGUCGGGCAAGAACUUUGUCAAGCUCACCGAGAAGGUCAGUGCCUCGUUUCGGUCCGAACAAACACGCCGCGCGGCGACGCCAUCGCCAUCGCCAUCGCCAUCGCCAUCGCCAUCGCCAUCGCCAUCGGCCAGCACCCCAGAUCCCGGUCGAGGCGUCGCGCAUACAGGCACACCCGCUCUCGGAGCUGACAUGAGGUACUUGAUGUCAACUUAGGAAAUUGAUGAACUCGUGCACGAGUGGCAGCCCGAGGCGUUGCUGCCCCCCGCGCCGAGGACGACUCAGUACCCGCCGGUCAUCAUCGGCGCGACAGGACCUCGGCCUCGCGUCGUGUUCCCGACGCCCGGACAGGACCCCCACGACCCUUUGCAGCCGUACGAUCUCACCACCGGUGCCAACCAGGGCAAGGUCGUGCUCAACCUAGCCAGCUCCAACUUUGCUGGACUCGCGGGCAACGAGAGGAUCAAGGACAAGGCCGUGGCGUGUCUCAAGCGCUACGGUGUGGGCAGUUGUGGACCGCCAGGCUUCUACGGAACGUUCGGUCAGUGCAGUGACGUGAUGAGCAGUCAGCAGUCAAUAAUACCAAGCGGCUUAUUUCGGGACCACGCGCAGAUGUGCACAUGGAACUCGAACGCGACAUCGCCGCCUUCCUCUCCGUCCCAUCCGUGAUCAUGUAUUCGCACUCGUUCUCGACCAUCUCGUCCGUGAUCCCGUCCUUCUCAAAACGAGGCGACAUCAUCGUCGCCGACCGUGGUGUCAACUUUGCGAUCCAAAAGGGGAUCCAGAUCUCGCGAUCCAACAUCCGCUGGUACGACCACGGCGACUACGAGGCGCUCGAACGGAUAUUGGAGCAGAUCUACAAGGAGGACAAAAAGUACAGGCGCAAGGUCACCAACGGUCGAAGGUUCAUCAUCACCGAGGGUAUCUUCGAGAAUGAUGGGUCGAUGGUCGACUUGCCCAAAGUUGUUAGUCGGACCUUCGGCGCGAAGUUGUCUGCAUCGUUGAUGCUCAUUAGGACCCUCGGUUCCUCGGUUCCCUCACAGAUGGAGUUGAAACUCAAGUACAGAUACCGCUUGAUCCUCGAUGAGACGUGGUCGUUUGGUGUGGUUGGCAAGACUGGACGCGGCGUGA